CUCGGUGAAACUAACAAAGCGGAGAAAUGGCGAGUAAAGCGAAACGGCUCGGAAAUUAGCGUUACUUUGUGUAGUCUGAGGUAGAGGUGGGUAGAAAUGUCGACUCAGUGUUGGCGAGCUUACACCUGGAGACUGAAGAGGUGUUUAAAUUAGUUUUCGGAGUAAAUUAACGUUAACGUCCUUCUCAAGUGCUUUUAGCUAACGUUAGCUAACGUUACUUCUGCUCAAGUAGCUGUACCUCGGUAUCUAAGUCAUUCUGUUGAACCAGGACUGCUAGGCUGUCACUUCCACCUUUCACUUUGGAGUUUUCUUAGACCAAAAAAAACACAAAUAAGACCAAUAAAAGCUCCAGUUCCUGUGCUGACAGGUGCUGGUUUGCCGUUCUUCGGUGAACCUGGUUCCUUUCUCGUUUGCUCACUGAAGAACUGUUUACUUCAGCGUGAAUUUGGGCUGUUCUGCCCACCUCGCUGAAACUUUGGUAGUUACGCUAUUAUGUGGUGCGAAAUGUCCCGUUUCGCCUGAGAAAUUGGGUCUUUUUUCAAGUGAAAAUGUUGAGUGUAGAUGUGAAGCCUGCAGGAAGUGAACGCUGCUCUUGGCAGGACAGACCCCUCGCAGAACAGACCUGCUUGGACGAAGGGAUAAACCUGUAUUCGCUUCUCCCGGCGCCCUUUCGCACAGAGCCUAGAGAAGGCUGAGUUGCAGCUGUGGUAGAAGAAGAUACUGUUUCAAGCUACCUGCUGGAAAGAUGGGCGAUGGUCCUCGACAGAGGGGGUCACCAGGACCCCCCACUGACCCUAGCACGGAAAGCUCAGCCGUGGCCUUGAAGAAGGAGAUCGGCCUCGUCAGCGCUUGUGGUAUCAUCGUGGGUAACAUCAUUGGGUCUGGGAUCUUUGUUAGUCCAAAGGGAGUCCUGGAGAACGCCAGUUCAGUGGGUCUGGCUCUCAUUAUAUGGAUCACCACAGGGAUCAUCACUGCCAUCGGAGCGCUGUGCUAUGCUGAGCUGGGAGUCACUAUUCCAAAGUCAGGAGGAGACUACUCUUAUGUUAAGGACAUCUUUGGAGGCCUAGCUGGGUUCUUGAGGCUGUGGAUAGCAUUGUUGGUCAUCUAUCCCACCAACCAGGCCGUCAUUGCCCUCACCUUCUCCAACUACGUUCUGCAGCCUCUCUACCCCUCCUGCUUUGCACCAGAAAGCGGCCUGCGUCUACUCGCUGCUGUUUGCCUCUUGUUGUUGACAUGGGUGAACUGCUUCAGCGUGCGCUGGGCAACACGGGUACAGGACAUCUUCACUGCUGGCAAGCUUCUGGCCUUAGGACUCAUCAUCGUCAUGGGCAUCGUGCAGAUAUGCAAGGGGCAUUUUUACUGGCUGGAACCAGCCCAUGCAUUUGAGCCUUUCCAGGAGUACGACGUGGGCCGCAUUGCUCUGGCCUUCCUGCAGGGAUCCUUUGCAUAUGGAGGAUGGAAUUUUCUCAACUACGUUACAGAGGAGCUCAUUGAUCCGCACAAGAACCUACCUCGGGCGAUCUUCAUCUCCAUACCACUGGUCACCUUUGUUUACGUGUUUGCAAAUGUGGCAUAUGUCACAGCCAUGAGCCCAAAUGAGCUGCUGGCUUCCAAUGCUGUGGCUGUGAUUUUUGGCGAGAAGCUGCUAGGCGUGAUGUCAUGGAUCAUGCCUAUCUCUGUAGCUCUGUCCACCUUCGGAGGUGUAAACGGCUCUCUCUUCACCUCGUCUCGAUUGUUCUUUGCCGGAGCAAGAGAAGGCCAUCUUCCUCGUUUGCUGGCCAUGAUCCACGUGAACCGUUUCACCCCAAUCCCAGCGCUGCUUUUCACUUGCAUAUCAACUCUUCUGAUGCUCUGCACCAGCAAUAUAUACACCCUCAUCAACUAUGUGGGCUUCAUAAACUACCUGUUUUAUGGGGUCACUGUCGCUGGGCAGAUUGUGCUGCGUAUCAAACAGCCAGACUUGUAUCGACCAAUCAAGGUUAGCCUGGCGUGGCCUGUGAUCUACCUGCUCUUCUGGGCUUUCCUGAUCAUUUUCUCGCUCUACUCGGAGCCGAUGGUCUGUAGCAUUGGUCUGGCCAUCAUGCUGACAGGUGUCCCAGUUUACUUUGCCGGCGUCUACUGGGAAAACAAACCCAAACAAUUUAUUUCAUUCGUCGCUAAAAUGACACACUUGGGCCAGAAGUUAUGCCUGGUGGUGUAUCCCGCAGAAGACGAGGAGGAAGAUGAAGACGAAGAAAAUCAAGAAGAAGCUGAGGAGAAACUCUGACCGUGAUUUUAAGCAGAACAUGAGGUUCUUUUUAGGUGUUGGAAUGUAUUUGAAGUGUGGACACAAAGUACAGUCAUCCAUGAGGACUUCUGAGUGUUGAGUUUGCUCUGGCCUUAACAAUUGUCUGUUACAGUACUGCCAUCUACUGGCCAGGCUGUGAACUGCUAUGUAGCAAUGUACAUGUGCACACAAGAACAUGAAAUAUGGUAUUUAUGAUACGAUAUGAUACGAUAUUUUCAUUUGCUUCCGUUAUCUUUAUCUGUGGUGCUUCAUGUAGCAAGAAUUACAUUUUUGUGGAAGGUCUGUAAUUGUAAAUCUCAUGCUGUCACAAUUUGUUUACAUUUCUGCAUAGUUCAAUUUCAAUUGCUGACUUAACUCAGCCACACUGGUGGUGAUGGGAACCAGACGUCUGAACUGUUUACUGACUAUAAAAGCCAAAUGAGACAAACUUAUUACAGAACAUUUGGUAGGAAUAUGUUGCCUGAUGUCUGACACAGGGUUUUAUGAUAGUUUUAUAAGUUUUGGGCCAAAAUGUAUUUCAUUUUAAAUGUAUGGAAUGCAUGUCACAUUAGUGGCAUUAGUGGUAUUUUACAUGCAGGGCGUAAGGCAAACUAGAUCCUAAAGAAAACCUAUAUUUUCCUGAUUUACCAUUUGAAACAUUAUAUAUAAACCCUCAGAAGACAUGUGUAGCUGCACUGGCUGUUUUAGAUGGUAAAUAAAAUGUCUAUAUUGGCAUUGUAGACUUCACAACUCCUGGUUCCUAUCACUACUACUGUAAGGAACAUUUGUGUUAGUAAGUUUCUCAACAAUUAACUAUUGCACAUUAAACCACUCUGAAUGACUUUGUUUACAUCUCAACCACUGAACUAUGCAGAAAUUUGGAAAAAUAGAUGGCAUUCCAAUUUUACACAUUAUCGCUUUAAUGAUGCCGUUUGAUAAUAAAUAAUUACUAUUGUUUUACUGAUGUUUCAUAACUUGGUGGUUAAACUGGCUGUUCCAGAGUCUGAAACGGGAAACCUGAUGGAAAAUAUAAUUACAACUGGAAUGCCACGUUAAUAUAUAAUAAUGGGGGGAUAAGAAUAAGUGUAAAUAAAUGAUAAAACUGUGAA